GCACAGAGAGUUUGCAGACCAUACCUGAGACAGAGAAUUUGCAAACCAUGCCUGACACAGAGAGUUUGCAGACCAUGCCUGAGACGAGAAUUUGCAAACCAUGCCUGACACAGAGAGUUUGCAGACCAUGCCUGAGACAGAGAAUUUGCAGACCAUGCCUGAAACUGAGGCUCAAGUGGUUGAGGAACCAGGUCAAACCAGCGGGGGAAAGCGGAAAAGGGGUAGGAAGGCCAGGGCUCAACCGAAGGCUCCUACAAGGAGAAAGGACGAAGAAGACGUGUGUUUUAUAUGCUUCGAUGGUGGAGAACUGGUGCUUUGUGACCGGAGGUUUUGUCCAAAGGCAUAUCAUCCAACUUGCAUUAACCGGGACCCAGCUUUUUUUCGUACAAAGGGUCGAUGGAACUGUGGCUGGCACCUUUGUAGCAAUUGUGAAAAAUCAGCUCAUUUCUUGUGCUGCACAUGUACAUAUUCAUUGUGCAAGGUCUGCAUCAAAGAAGCAGAUUUUUUCUGCGUUCGUGGAAACAAAGGAUUUUGUAAUGCAUGUUUUACAACAAUAAUGUUGAUUGAAAAAAAUCAGGCUAAUACGGCUGAAAUAGACUUUGAUGACAGAACCAGUUGGGAGUUUUUAUUCAAGGAGUAUUGGUUGGAUCUGAAAAGAAAAUUGUCUUUGACUCUGGAGGAGCUUUCUAAAGCUCGUAAUCCAUCUAAAGAUUCUAGUUCUGUGGUUCGUAAGGACGUAUCUUCAGAUGAACUAUAUGAUGCGAAUGAUGAUCAUGGAUCUGUCUCUGAUGAUUCUUCUGUACAAAUUGAAACUCCUCCUGCACGAAAAAAGCCGAAGAGAAGAUCAAAAUCGUUACCUAAGGAUGAGAUUCCUCAGAGUGCACCACAUGUGGCAGAUGUUGCAGAGAUAUCUACACCUAAGGAUUUGGAGGUGUGGGCUUCAAAAGAGCUCUUGGAGUUUGUUGGGCACAUGAAAGAUGGUGAUACAUCUAGGUUAUCUCAUUUUGAGUUGCAGGAUCUCUUACUAAAAUAUAUAAAGCAGAACAAGCUUCGCGAUCCUCGUAAACAGAGCCAAAUUAUUUGUGAUUCGAGGCUCCAGAAUCUGUUUGGGAAACCACGUGUGGGCCACUUUGAAAUGUUAAAGCUGAUAGAAUCGCACUUCCUCACAAAGGAGGUAUCUUCUGAAGUCUCCGCGCAUGAUACCCAGGAGGGAGCUCUGGAUAGCGAGAACAAUCAAAUGGACACUGAGGGCGCUAGGGAUGCAACACUAAAGACGGGUCAUGAUAAAAAACGCAAGUCACGGAAGAAGGUCGAUGAGAGAGGGCAUGAGGCGAAUCAAAAUGAUUAUGCGGCAAUUGAUGUUCACAACAUUAAUUUGAUUUAUUUGCGAAGAAAUCUAGUUGAAGAUUUGCUUGAUGAUCUUGAGAAAUUCCAAGAUAAGGUUGUUGGUUCUUUUGUCAGAAUUAGAAUUUCUAGUACAAGUAAUAAGCAAGAUAUGUACAGGCUGGUGCAAGUUCUAAGUACCAGCAAGGCAGCUGAAUUUUAUAAAACUGGCAGAAAGACUACUGAUAUUCUGUUAGACAUUCUAAAUUUAAACAAGACAGAGGCUAUAUCAAUUGAUUCGAUAUCAAAUCAAGAAUUCUCUGAGGAGGAGUGCAAGAGAUUGCGCCAAAGUAUAAAGUGUGGACUGCUUAGUAGGCUGACAGUGGGUGAGAUUCAAGAGAGAGCUAGGGCUAUCCAGGCUGUCAAAGUCAAUGAUUGGUUUGAGACAGAGAUAUUGCGACUUAGUCAUUUAAGGGAUCGAGCUAGUGAGAAAGGCCGUCGAAAAGAGCUUAGGGAGUGUGUUGAAAAGCUGCAGGUGCUGAAAAGCCCUGAAGAGCGCGAACGCAAGCUUAAUGAAUUGCCAGAUGUGCAUACAGACCCAAACAUGGACCCAGACCAUGAGUCUGACGACGCCGAGGAAGAACCAGAUGAUACUAAGAGUGAAAACUACAGGACACCCAGAGAUGCCAGAUUUUCUUCUAGAAAGGGGAAUGAUCCAAUUUCUCCAGGCAAAGGAGCUUCAAGUGAAGGCUGGGACGGUGGCACCAGGAGAAGUUCGGGGGGUACUCGGGAUUCAAGCAGAAAUAGUGUGGGAAAAUCUGGUUCAUGGGAAAGGGGAGGCAGUGGUGCUUCUUCCACUGGAAACACGUGGGAUCGUAGCAAGAGCGCUUCAACAUGGGGAACUCCCAAGGAAGAAAAAGGCGAUGAAACUUGUAAUCAGCAGACCAACCAAACCCUUCGGAACCAAUCAAAUGACUGGUCAUCGAGCAAAACACAGCCGGUUAUAAUUGGAUCUGCCCCAUCAAGCAAUGCGUCUAAGUCAGAAUUACCUUCUAGUUUGGUAGGGGUAAAUGCACCAACAGCCCAACUUGUGGUGCCCUCUGAGACUGAGAAGGUUUGGCACUAUCAAGACCCAUCCGGAGCAAUUCAAGGGCCUUUCUCUAUGACCCAGUUAAGAAAGUGGAGCACUACUGGUUAUUUCCCUGCUGAGCUGAAAAUAUGGAAAGUUUUGGAGAGGCAAGAAGAUGCCAUGCUUUUGACGGAUGCACUGGCUGGUAAGUUCCUUAAAGAGCGCCAGUCAUCGAGUUGGGAAGGAACUAUGACUGGAGUGGCCGAAAUUAAGGAGGGACUGGCUGGAGGUUCCUCUAACCCUAAUCAGUCAUGGUCUUCACAGGCCCAUGGCCAAAGGUACCAAACCACACCUCAAUUUCCAGCAACAUUUGCAACGGCUUCUAAUCAAAGAAGUGAAAGCCUAGGAGGGAUUGGAUGGAAUACAGGUCAAAAUCAUGGAAAUAGUUGGAAUUCAAAUAGAGAACUGGGAGCUCAUUCUGGUGGUAACAAUGCUAAUGAUGGUGGUGAUUCCUUGAAGGACUGGUCUGCCUCCUCAUUAGUUGUGAACACAAAGUCAUCAAAAGAAGUUUGGGAAUCUGGUGAGCAAACCAGCAAGAAUGAAUUGUCAGAAUUGCCUACUCCAACUCCAAAAUCAAGUUCAGGCGGUUUCACAGGGGAUAUGGAAUUGGAGAACAAACAAACAGGCGUAUCUCUUACUACUAAACCAGAAAAUGGUAGCUGGGGUGGUCAGGGAAACACUUGGAGUUCACAAUCUCUGUCUUCUUUCUCAGGUUCAGUUCCAAUGGUUUCGGUGCCAAAAGGGAAUGAGACCUUGAACCAGGAUAUCGGGAAUGACCUUCCGAGCCCUACUCCUGGUGCAACUCCAACAUCCACCUUGGAAAAAGGCACUUCAAAUAUCGGAGCGGGUUUCGAGACGAGCCCUUCUGUUACUUCUGUUUGUGCUGGGGAAGCCCUAGUCACAAAAGAUUCGGUAGUUGCUGUUUCUUCUCUCGGUCAGGGAUCCCUAUCGGUUUGGUCACCGCAAGCACCUGUUACUGCAAAGCUAUCUCAAGAUUCUCACUUCUUUAAUAUGCAAGGUUCAGUGGUGGAAACUGUUGGUGGUUUUUCCCAGGCUCCUUCUGUGAACUCUCAGGUACCGAAUAUAAUCCCAAAUCCUACCAUCAAUGACCAUGGAUCCCAGUCCAAUGGUUUAGUACAAAUUGACUUGAACCCUAGGGCUGUUCUUGAUAGUUGGGGUCAAGCUCAAGAAAGAGUGCAUCCUUGGGGUGGUGCAUCGGGUUUGAGUGGUCACCAAUGGAGUGCACCCACCUCAGUUACCAUUGAUCGGACUUCUGGUUCAGGGUGGGUCUCGGUUGCAGCUCAAGAAAACUUUAAUCCUAAUUCAGGUCUGGGAACAACAAAAGAAAGCCCAAACCCCAAUUCGAGCUGGGGAACAGCUCUCGGAAACCCUAACCCUAAUUCAGGAUGGGGAGCUGUCGAAAACCCUAGCCCUAAUUUGGUUUGGGGCUCUAGUGGAAAUUCGAAUAUGGGAUGGGGGGCUAACAAAGCUUCGGAGGGUGGUGGCCAUGGUGGCUGGGGUCCACAGAGGCAUGAUGGAGAUGGGUUGUCUUCUGGUCGAGGUGGUGGGUGGUAUGGUGAUUCAGGCCAUGGUGGAAGACCUUGGAGUGGAAGGCCUGGUGGUGGUGGGCCUAGGCCAUCUAGAGGGCAGAAAGUGUGCAAGUUUCAUGAGAGUGGACACUGCAAGAAGGGUUCAUCCUGUGACUUCUUACACCCUUGAACAGGCCUUUCUCACUCACUCUCUCUCUCUCUGAAUUGCGCAAUUCAAUGAGAGUGGGCACUGCCAGAUUAGGGACUCCUGUCGCAUCCUGCAAACCUAGGCAGGAAUGUCAAUUUGUUGCUCUCUCUCUCUCUCUCUCUCUCUCUCUCUCUGUUUCUGGUUUAAUGUAUAUUCAUAUUCUGUUACGGUAGAGUAGGGUAAAGAUCUCUUGGCUGAGCUGAAGGCAGUCUCUGUUUGGCCUCUUAACCGUGGUGUAUUAACCGACUGCAAUUUUGGGCUGGGAUGUUUCUGCUUUCUAGUAGAGAGACCGUGAGAGUUAUUGGUUGGCAGGGCCCAGAUGUCGAUAUCGCUGUUUAUAUGCAAUCUCUUUUAUAGAAGGGCCUCAAAGUAUUUACAUGUAUCUGAUAUUGCAUAGCAUUCUAACCUGCUACAUGAAUAAAAUAUGAAUUAGUGUUUUACAGAUAGCUGGGCCCGCCCUAAGAUAUUUCCGAGAUCCUGAGGAAUGGGAAGCCUUGACGCGAAGUUGGAGAGAAUAAAAUUGCCUUAGUAGUGUAUUGGAUGUGCAUAAGUCUGCUUAACUGUCCAUCAAGUGUGAUGGAUUUGAUAUGGUCUUAUUUGAUUCAUAAUAUUUGUGUGC